CCGCGCGCCCCGCCAGCCGCGCCUCGGCCAUGGCGGGCCUGGGGCCGCGACCCGCCAAGGGCUACCGGGUGGUGCUGCUCGGGAGCGCGGCCGUGGGCAAGACGGCGCUGGCCACGCAGUUCGCGUGCGGCAGCUUCCCGGAGCGGUGCGAGCCGUCGGUGGAGGAGCUCUUCAGCAAGGUGAUCGAGGUGAACGCGGCGCCCGCGCUGCUGGAGAUCGUGGACACGGUGGGCGCCGCGCACCUGGUCACCCUCACGGACCUGUACAUCAGGAACAGCGACGGCUUCGUGGUGCUCUACAGCGUGUGCAGCGAGGCGUCGUUCGAGGCGGUGCGGCCGCUGCGGGAGCGCAUGCGCCGGCUGCGCGGGCCCAGGGCCGCGCCGCUCGUGCUCGUGGGCACCAAGGCCGACCUGGACGCCGAGCGCCAGGUGCUGACGGCGCGCGGCCGCGCGCUGGCCCGCGAGUGGCGGUGCCCGUUCCUGGAGGUCACGGCCAAGAGCAAACUGAUGGUGGACCAGGUGUUCACGCAGGUGGUGCGCGAGAUGGAGGCCUGGGCCCCGCCCGCGGAGCAGGCCCCGGCGCCGCCCGCCGGCGCCCAGGGUGCGUGGCCCUCGGAGAGGUUCAUCGGCUGACGUGCAGCGGAGACGCUGUAGUGUGUGCGGCGCUUUCUCUCACGCCUGAGGCCCGGCCCUCCUUCCCUGCCCUCUUAGAGAAGACGAGUGAUGAUGACUUCGGUGCGGGAACUCAACCCAGCGCUCCCCGCCGCUUGCCUGAAAACUCUGUACCUCUCGCGGGGCUUUAGGAAACCAAAAGUCCAUACCGCUCUCCUGGAUGGAGAGAGUACCAGCCUUUUCUUCAAAUGGGAUUUGUUACAAGAUUUUUACCCCCCUUUUUGAUAAUGCCAUCAAAUGCACGAGACCUUUGAAAUUGGGGAACGUGAACUAUAAAGACUUUAAAAAGCCUUGGAUCCUGGGAGGUUUUCAUGUGUUUCUCUCUCAUCUGCAGCCUUGAAUUGCAGCGGUAAUAUUUUCCUCUCUGCCUAUUUCUAAAUAUAGUUAUGACACACACAGCCUUGGUUGAAAGGCGCACUUUAUACCCUGGGAGGGCAGCACAUAACCGCUCGCACACCGAUAGCUCAGCCCGCCUCCAGCGCUCUAACUGACGUCGAGUCCGUUUUGCAUCUGUAAACUGAGUGAAAAUAAAGUGAUUU